AUGGACACGCAUGCGCCGAGCCUCCGCCCGUCGAAACGCCUCCGACACUCUUCUCCGGGCAAGGAAUCUUCUCCUCCCGGCGAACUGCUCCUCCCGGACACCGCGAGCAAUACUGGUGGUCACGGUGGGGUUAAGGCCGGCCAGGGCAACAGCUUCCGAAAUGUGAGCGCAUGCAAUCGCUGCCGGUUGCGUAAAAACCGCUGCGAUCAGAAGCUGCCAAGCUGCGCCAGCUGCGAGAAGGCCAACGUUGCCUGUGUCGGCUACGACCCCAUUACUAGGAGGGAGAUCCCACGAAGCUACGUAUUUUAUCUUGAGACCCGGGUUGGACAGCUCGAAGCCCUUCUAGGAUCGCAUAACAUACCUUUCCCUGCGGCUGAGAAUCUCGAGUACUGCUCCAGACCCGGCAAUGAUUCCAGCACUGUCAGGUCACCUACCGAGGCAGGCCAUUCUUCCCACUCAGACACCAUAGACGGCCAGAAUAAUGGAGACGAUGCGAGCAGACUCCAUAAACUGGCUGGCAGGUCUGGCCUCUCAGCAACCGCUGCAGCCGCCAAUCCCCGUCACCUAGGUUCUAUACCGGGGGUCUCGUUCGCGCGCGUGGUGCUCGCUGCUGUGCAGUCGUCGGUGUCCGAUCAGAAGUCCAAUUCGGACAAUAACGGUGUCCGCCCGUAUAAGCCCGGAGGCACCGGCACGUCGAUGCGGGAUUCCUUCUUCGGGUUACAUACGAAACCAACGAUCCACCCGGCCACGUUUCCGGACAAGCCCCUCGGCCUGAAGCUGGCCAUGCUGUACUUCGAGCACGCCAAUCCCCAGAUUCCCGUCCUCCACAAGGGCGAGUUCCACCAGAUGUUUGAGCAAGCGUAUGCCGAGGAAGGUAGUAGGGUGCGCGGCCCGAAGGAGCUGUACAUGUUAAAUAUGGUAUUCGCAAUAGGCGGCGGCAUAAUAAUGGGUGAUUCGGCCAAGGGCGAUACCUCGGCCUCGAGAUCAUCUUCUGGCGACUCUGGUUCUUGGCAGUGCCAACCUGAAGAGUACCACGCAAGUGCUAUUGUCCACCUCGAAGCUUGCCUGAGUAACAGUGGGGGAGGCCUUGCAGAGCUACAAGCCGUUUUGCUCUUGGCCAACUUUGCUCUGCUUAGGCCGGUUCCGCCUGGGUUGUGGUACAUUGUCGGCGUCGCUAUAAGACUAGCUGUGGACUUGGGCCUACAUUGUGAGGAAGUUGAAAGUGAUCUAGGCGAUCUCGCAACUCAACAGAACUACUCCCGAGAACGAGGGCGGCGCGAGUAUACGCGGGACGUGAGACGCCGUCUGUGGUGGUGUACUUACUCUUUGGACCGCCUUGUCAGCACAUGCGUUGGCCGACCGUUUGGUAUAUCCGACCAGGUCAUUACGACAGAAUUUCCUUCGUUGCUGGAGGAUCGAUAUAUCACACAAGCGGGCUUCCUGGAACGGCCGCCUGAUAUCGCCGAACCGACGUACAAGCUCGUUGCCCACCACUACUUCCGUCUCAGGCUUCUUCAGUCCGAAAUCCUUCAGGUUCUUCAGUAUCAGCAGACGCAGGUCGCCCGAGCCGGAGGCCAAAAUCAGCGAAACUCCUACAUGCACACGCAUCUGCCGUCGCCAUUCCUAUCCAUGCAUGACUCGUUUAGAUCGUGGCGAAUCGAUAUCGACCGGAGGCUCUACGAGUGGAAGACGUCAGCCCCGAAGAAGAGGGAGACAGGCGUUGCCUUCUCCGUCGAGUUCUUGGAUCUCAAUUACUGGCAAACGAUCAUCAUGCUCUAUCGCCAGAGCCUCAGUGUCCCGGCCGUGUUUGAAGGAGAGUACCACACUGCGAAGGAGGUCAAUAGCCCGGCGGUCCACAAUAUCGAGUUACGUGAGGACGAGGAUAGGGUGUAUCUUAAGGUCGCGGAAGCUGGCCAGAAGAUUCUACGUCUGUAUCGGCAGCUGCACCUCGUGGGCCUGGUCAACUAUACGUAUCUGGCUACGCAUCAUCUCUUUACCGCAGGCAUAUCGUAUCUUUACGCCAUCUGGCACUCUCCUAUUGUCAGGAGCCGUCUGUUAAUGGACGAGGUUGACUUCACGAUACUAGCAGCCACUUCGGUACUCAGCGAUCUGACUGAAAAGUGUCCGCCAGCGGAGACCUGCCGAGAUGCCUUCGAGCGGACCGCAAAAGCCACAAUCCGGAUGGUGAACAAUACCGGCGGCUUCGGGCAACUCGGUCAACCCGUGCAAAGUCAGACCCCUGCCGACCACCGAUCUGACUGGGCCCCUGCCGUUCUUCAGCAAGGCGGCAGCACCUCGACCACCCCGUCCGCCACCGGCACUUCCACAACAACAACGACGACGACGGCCGGGAUGCCGAACCCCUUUGCGGCGCAGGAGCAACAUUCCUCCGCCAGCGUCCUCAGCCCCGGGACCGUGAACCUCGGCGACCUCCAGGGGAUGGACUUCCUCCAGAGCCUGGGGGUAGGAGGAGGAGGGGGAGGAGGAGGAAGCGCCGCGGAAGCCGGCCCCGGGUCCGGCGGACUUGGCGGCGGCGGCGGCAUGGACGCGCAGAUGCAGAUGGGCGGCCUCAACUUUGGCGGCCUUGGCUGGGAGGGCGGCUUCGGCGACGGGCAGCAGUUCGACCUGUUUGACGGGUUCUUCUUUGGCGGCGACCAGCGCGGCGGCGGCGGCGCCGGUAGCGGGACCGGGCCGGGAGGCGUCCUGUGAAAAAUGACAUCUUUUAUUUGGAGGGAAGGCUGCGGGGAGCAGAACUGGAGCCGCCUGGUGGGUGGGUUUAUUCAAGUAUAGAACUAUUGGUUCGGAAUCCCGGCCGCGCAUACGGGGCACAUUGUCCCGGGAAGGAAUGCUUGGUGGCUUGGUGUUUGCGAGAUAUAUAUACCCAUGGCAGAUGCUGUUUCGAGUGGCUGUAAGACUCCAGUUGCCCAAGCCUACCGAACAAACAGUCUUCUAGUCUUUCUAUCGAAGGCAGUUUUAGAACAUGCGUCUAAUAGCAGGGGAGUCGCCUCAAGUCUAAGUGCUGUUCUUCUCCAUACUCCUUCCUAUACGCCUGUUUCUACCAACUCCCCAAUAAGGAAGAAGAAAAC